GAGAGACAGUCAGAGGGAGAGAGAUAGUGUGUGUGUGUGAGAGAGAGAUCAGCCGCUCCUACACUCAUCAUGAACACUCUGUAGGAGUCAGAUUCAGCCGCCGAUUCCGAUCCAGUACAGAAACACUGUUAUCUAAGGCGAAUAUUUCAGAAAUUUUAUGACAUGUAAGAAGUUUAAGCGGCUCGUCUUUCCGACCAAAAUCAGGCGAGGCUUCAUGCAAAGCGCCACCGUGAUCACAUCCCAGCCGCCGGAGAUGCCAAGAGCUGCUUGGGGCAAUUUUUACCCGCAGUUAAAGACCUGAGCCACCUUUCUGGACAGUUUUGGGCUCGUUUUUGGAUUAUUAGAGGCUUUACAGCAUGGCUUUGGUAACGCUGCAGCGAUCUCCGACCCCGAGCACGGCCAGCGCCAGCACCGCCAACGCCGAGACGGAUUUCGGGAGUGAGGAUGACCGAAGGCUGAACCAGAGUCUGAGCGAGAGCUUUUUAAUGGUGAAGGGAGCUGCGUUGUUCCUGCAGCAGGGCAGCAGUGCACAGGGUCAGAGGACUCACUCCCACCACAAACAUGCAGGAGAUUUACCUCAGCACCUACAGGUGAUGAUCAACAUUCUUCGCUCCGAGGACCGAAUCAAACUGGCGGUGCGGUUGGAGAGUGCUUGGUCAGAUCGUGUGCGGUACAUGGUGGUGGUUUACACCAGCGGCAGACAGGACACUGAAGAAAACAUUCUGCUUGGGAUGGACUUCAACAAUAACGACAGCUGCUCUGUAGGGAUGGUUCUGCCUCUCUGGAGCGACACAAAGAUCCAUUUGGACGGAGACGGGGGUUUUAGCGUGACAACGGCAGGACGCACACACAUCUUUAAACCUGUGUCGGUUCAGGCCAUGUGGUCGGCUUUGCAGGUUCUGCACAAAGCGUGUGAGGUGUCGAGGCGAUAUAACUACUUCCCUGGUGGAAUUGCACUCAUCUGGACGGGCUACUAUGAGAGCUGCAUCUCCUCUGAGCAGAGCUGCAUCAACGAGUGGAACGCCAUGCAGGACCUGGAGACGCUGCGGCCCGACUCGCCCGCCAUGUUCGGAGACAAGCCGACGGAGAGAGAGCGAACCGAAUGCCUCAUCAAAACCAAACUCAGGAGCAUCAUGAUGCUGCAGGACCUGGAGAAUGUCACGUCUAAGGAGAUCCGUAAUGAGCUCGAGCAGCACAUGAACUGCAAUCUGAAGGAGUACAAAGAGUUUAUUGACAACGAGAUUCUGCUGAUCCUGGGUCAGAUGGAUAAAGCCACGCUCAUAUUCGACCACCUCUACCUGGGAUCUGAAUGGAACGCUUCCAAUCUAGAGGAGCUACAGGAGACAGGUGUGGGCUACAUCCUAAAUGUCACGCGGGAGAUCGAUAACUUUUUCCCGGGGACUUUUUGUUACCACAACGUGCGCGUGUAUGACGAAGAGACCACGGACCUGCUGGCUCACUGGAACGACACGUACAACUUCAUUGUUAAGGCUAAGAAGAACCAGUCCAAGUGUCUGGUCCACUGUAAGAUGGGCGUAAGCCGCUCCGCAUCCACUGUCAUAGCCUACGCCAUGAAAGAGUACGGGUGGACCCUGGAGAAGGCCUACAACUUCGUCAAACAGAAACGCAGCAUCACACGGCCUAACGAUAGCUUCAUGAGACAGCUGGCCGAAUACGAGGGCAUUCUGGACGCAAGCAAGCAACGUCACAAUCGGCUGUGGCAUCCAGACUCUGAAUGUGAUCACCCUGAUUGCCAGCGUCCGGCAGCACCCUGCUGCGCUGACCCCUCAUCCCCAGGAGCCGGUCCCUCCUGCUGCGAGGCUGCUGCUCACUCCUCACCCCUUGCUUUGGAACUUGACCCAUCUAACCCCCAAAACUACAACUACUACUUCCGGCGUCUGUCUGACUCGGCGCUGGACAGCGAACCUUCAACACCGGUGCGUAUGCCGCCGCCUCUGCUGGAUGUGGAUCGCGUCUACAUUGAGAUAGAGGAUGUGGAGCGUGAUGCCCUGCUGGAUGAUGAGGCAUUUGAGACACCCCGCUUCACCGCACCUGCUGGAGAGGGCACAGCGGCACAGACUUGCACCCGUGGUGCCGAACCUCUGGAGGAGCUGCGCCUGCGCCUUGAAUUCAGCACUGUAGAAGAAGAAGAUGAGGAGGAGGCAAAGAAAGAACAGGAGGAGAUGCAGGCACUGGCCGAGGGGGGUAGGAGAGAGAGAGAAGGAGGUGUCGGGGAUGAGAGUGGCAUCAGUCUUGGUAACAUGAAUCACAUGUGCAACGAGAACUCCAACAACAACAAUCACCUCAGAACGCGAAACAAUCUUGCCGAGAGUACCCUUAAGAAACAGACAUCUAUACCCAGACCAGUAUUAAGCUCUCUCACAACUCCCAGUACUGUCUCUAAUGCCAGUGGACAUGGCCUAGCCCCAUUACCCUUCUGUGGUAUGCCUAGUAUCUCUGUCGAAGCGCCAGCUUGCACCAGCGUUGUGGUCAAGGCCAUCACACCAACAGGAGUAUGGCCUUGUAGCCCAAACUGCAAGUGCACCAAGUGCAACAAGACAGCUUCAGAGUCGUGCAUCUCAGCCAUCCCACACUUGGUGCAUAAGGACAAGUCCGGAAGCCAGUCACAGAAACCUGAUCUUCAGCAAACAAUGGAUACAGCACUGGGGCAAGUGGUCAAAGGGAAUGAAGGUUCAACAGGCAAGGACAAGGCAGAAGAGAGGUCUCCAGGUCUACCUAGAGAGGUGAGCUCACAGCAACAGCAGGAGACACUAGACCAGCUACAAAGGUCUGGCCUGGUCAGGCGGCGAGCUGAGAGGCUGGAGAAACUUUCAGGUAUGUUCCAGGAACGUUUCCGCGAACACGCAGGAAAUGCUGCACGAGGCUCCUCAGAGACACCAGAGCGUCCUUCCGCGUCUAAAGACACUUCGUCUGGAAUGUUCGGUACUCAAGCAGACUUUUGGACCUCGGUGCCACCUGCAGUUGAAGACUCUGGAGUCCUGACGCCGGUCUCAUCCCCACACGGCUCCACUCUGACGCGCAGCUCGAGCAGCGACAGCAUCCGCAGUAUUCGCGGAAAGCCGGGUCUGGUGCGCCAGCGGGCACAGGAGAUAGAAAUGAGGAUGCGCCUGGCCGGACUCACGGUGCCUUCCCGUCUAAAGCGCUCCAACUCACUAGCCAAGCUCGGCAGUCUCACCUUCUCCACAGAAGACCUGUGCUCCUCAGCAUGCUCUUCUGACGCUGGCACUCUUCUUCUUCUCACACUCUCCCCAGAGCUGGAAGGCACUAUCAGUCCAGAUUGGGAUCGUGCCAAUCGCUGCUCUGCCACUACAGCCAUGGAACUCUUCAGUCCAGGAGCAACGGGGACAACUGAGCCCAGGAGCUGACAAUAAGUGAGGGGGAUUUGUGCAAGAUGAUGUUGUACUUGGACAAAGAUUCCCUUCCUGAAAACCUCCUUCUCUUAAAUUGGAGGAUUGGCCAUCCGCGAAUCAGUACCCAGGUUGGGCGUUUGCAGUAAAAAGAUCUCUUUAAAUGGGUGGCUUGGAAAAGGCCUUGCUGAAGUUCCUACAGCUUGUGCGGAAGCACUGUGCUUUAGCCAAAUUAAAAUGUAGAGUUGGGGGGAAAAACAGGGUUUGCAACACAAAAACUGCUAUCCCAAAAGCCGUUCCUCUUAUUUGAGAGGGUUUAUCAUCUACAAAUGCCAUCAAAGGGAACAUCCUGCUGAGAUUCUUAGGACUUGCAUGGAAGGACUGCGCAGUAGAUGAAGUAACAAAUAGAGUUGGGAAUCAACAGACCUUUUAAAUGCUGUGAAUAUUAAAAAAUAUGCUACUCAAGGAAACAGGAUAUCCAAAUAUUUCGAGAAGGCUCUUGUGGGUUUUAAGGAUUUUGUUGCAUGGAACUGACGCUAAAAAUGCGUGAUAUAAACAACUUGUACACCGAGUGCUCUUCAGCCAAGCGUCCAAGGAAACCAUUGCUUCGGUUCCCCUUCCUGCUGAGCUGCCAUAUUUCACAAGAAAUUGCUACCUGUUGUCUGUUCGUCUACACGUCUAAGUCUGGUUCGGUGUGAAGCCCAUCUUCCUGCUUGCUCACGUUUUGAUGACAGUCUGGAUACUUCUGAACACAAAGGGAAAAGGAUUUCCAUAUCACUGCUGAUUACUUCGUGCGUGCUGAGAGGUUUCUAGAAUGAAAGAACAAGAUUCUGUUUCAAUCUCUCUGCUGUUCACUCUGCUCUAUAUAUCAACAGUUGCUGGAGAUACCUAGCUGUAUUUUGCUCUGGUUUGAAUUCCAUCGUCAAUUUUACCACUGAAUGUUAACACUGGGCACAUGAUGGCGGUUAGGACUUAUUGAAAUAUUAUAUUGAAGACAUUAAGACAUGUUUGUGUCUGUGUGUGGGAGAAGACUUUGAAGUCUUCCUAAGGUGUUUUGGAGAAACAGUGGUUGAUAUUUUGUCUCAGACCCUCGUAGUGAUGAUUACAUCAAAUGCUUUAAUAUGGAAGGUAUCAUUUUAGCACCUUAGGGACGUUUUUGCUAUUUGUCAAAAAUGUGAUGCAAUGAGAACGAUGCAUUUUGGGGGCUAUGUAAAUCAUUACGGUCAUUUACCCCAGUUUUGGGAAACUAAUGCUGGUUAUGAUGUAAUGUCCGGAGAUAUAUUUUACAGAACUCUACAAGGGCAGCUCCUGUCAACCCUUAACUUGGCACACACUUCUUGUGUUCACAGGUCUACUGGGUUAUAGCACAAAAUUACCACUAAUAUCCACAAAUCUCCACAAGCACGCCUAUGACAAACCAGCGGUGCAUAUCAGUGGAUGCUAAAACAUCCUGUGAACGUAGCAUAAGGGUGCUUUUGGAACAUCUGGCCCUGAUAACAUUCUGAAGCAAUCACAGUUACUCUGCGUUCACACUAGCAAGCAAAAAUGCAGCAGGCAAUCUGUUCAUCAACUCAUGUAAACACCUUAAUCACAAUAUUAUAUGUCUUAUUCAGAAUAAGGUCAAUAAUUAGAUUAAUGCUGUCCAUGUAAACGUAGUCAUUGCUUGCCACUUGAAAAUUAAAAUAGAAACUACCUUAUUAUGGCAUUAAAAUGUGUUUUAAACACAAGACGAACAUGACGUUUUCUUAUUAACGUCAUAUACAUUAUAGUGUAUAAAUUAUACACUAGAGCGUAUCAUAUACACUUUGGUUGCUAACAAUAAUCCAAGUAAUAAAACAUGACCUGGUGAUGAUGCGUAGAUUAUUUUCCUAUUAUUUUCCUAUAGUCUUCUUAUAUCACAGCAACUUGCUGUGACCAUUUUUAAUCCCUGUAUAGUUGCAUUUAAAGUUACAUACAUGAAACAAGGUUGUUCCUUGUUAUCACUUAUGUUACAGCAGCGAUAAAAAGUGAGUAAUUCCCUCACUUUCUCUUGAAGUUAAUAAGAAAAAAAACACAGCUUGUCAUCUAACCUAGAAACAUCCUCUGUCCCAUGGUGGAAAACCUGAUGACUGUUACAAUGUGCUGACACUGGAGACUCCUUCCAAAAAAAAUUAAAUAAAAAUCUCCUUACAGAAAACUUCACCACAUCAACAAUUCAAAAUUUUUUCUUUGUUAAAUAGCAACAGUUUAUUGUUAGAUUUAGAUUCUUGCGUGUCUGCCAUCCAAGUUUCUGUGACACAGCCAUGACUAUGAAAAUAAUAACGUAUUGGAACAAGCGCGUUAAUAUAAAUCCGUGAUUUGCCUUGCGGACCGAACUACUCCCAGAGCUGCUGCUACAUAAAAUUAGUCCAUGGCUUCUGACCAAUCAGAAUUGAGAAUUCAGCAGCAUUGUGGUAGAAGGGAAUUUCUAAAACCCUGAACAGAUAAUAAUUGCAAGUGAUAACAGUUGCCACAAAAACAUGGAAACCGCGGAGCAGGCGCGACCUCAGUGACGUGUCAGCUGCUAGUAUGAACGCAGGGUAAGAUCGUAAAGAUUCUCUCCUUUGUAAUGUUGUACAUUACACUUUUAAAAGUUGUAGAUGUAGAAAGCCAUGUUCUAGUUAACGAUUGGUUUCCCCAGAUAUUUGCCUUGAUCAAGUAAGAGCCAGAAGGGUAGAGAUCAAAAAGAAAUGAGGUCUGUUUUCUCCUACUGAACAAAUAUGAAUUCAAAUUUCUAUAUAAUUAUUACAAUUUUUUUUAAAGAGAAUAUGAUUUGAUCAAAUGUGUUUUUGAAAUACAUUUCAGACUGAAAAAUCAUAGACACACAAACACAACUGUGUGCGUGUGUGCCAUUUGUCUGUAUAAUUCCAUUUCAACAUGACUUUGAGUUUGUUGAUCUCUACCAAGAUCAUGUGACGUGUAUCUGUCGUAUGUGGGUGUGUGCUGUCCUGAGGGUCUCAAUAGUCCUGUGCACAAGAUCUACAGCCACACACACACAGUUACUCACUUACAAAACUCCAUGUUCUAGCACACUCAUCCACCCAUAUCAGCAGUGCCCACACUGUGUCACUCUCAUGUCAGGUUUGUUCCCUUGAUUUCAAAUCACUCGACGAGUUUCAAUAAGUACUUGAGUUAUUUUUUAUUAUGCAAAAGAACUUUUGUUUUUUAUCUUAUUUUGUACAUCUAACAAUGCUGUUAUGUUGAAUGCGUGUUUCUGACUGAAGUGUGUCUUGUGUAUAUUAUACCUUUUGCAUGCGAGAGUGAGUGACGUCCCACACCAUGAACCGUGCGAUUACUGUGAAAUAAUAUUUAUGAGAGACAGAAAAGAGAAAAGGAAAAAAAAAACAACCUUCCGAGUGUGUGAGUGCACGUUAGUAUUUAUCCAUGAGCAGGCUCAUACGAUACACACAUGCUCCAGUCGAAUGCACAAUGCAUCACAAUGCACUGUAUGUAAAUACGUUUGUAGGUGACAAAAUGGCCGGGACUUGCGUCCCCAUAGCAACUCUGAAGGAAGACCUUUGGUUUUUGGCUUGAAUAAGGCACUAUUGUACACCUGCACAACAAUCUGAUAUCUGAAUUUUACUUCCAAAUCCUGAUAUCGUACUGUUUAAAAAAAAGUCUUGGGUUUCCUGAGACCAGUGGCAAGGUCGGGCUCGGAUUCACUGAGGAAAUGUCAAGUCUACACGUCAUCUGUGUUGCUGAUCAAAAAGAAAAGCUAGCGAUUUUAACAUUACCCAUGUACACAGAUUUGCAAUCAACAAAUUUGAACAAAGUUUAGUUGUUCGCUUACAUCGUAAUUCCAAAGAAUUCAAAUUCCUGUGUUUUUUUUUUUUGUUUUUUUUUUAAUAUAAAUAUAGAUCUGAAGCAUUUUAAUGUUUAUUUUCAUUUUUUUCAAAGAUUCAAUCGUAGCCUGUGUGAUUUUACAGCAUAUUACGCUCCACACUGUUGAACAAUUUCAGAUUGCUCAUGUUAGGGAGGAACUGCUUUGACGCAGGGUGCUUGGCCCCAUUUUACUCAUACGCACAAACAGAACCACUAGCGAGAACUGCUAGUUACUGCCCAUGAUUUAAAUUUUUUAUUAUUAUUAUUAUUAUUUUAAAUCACUGCGCUGUUGUGUCAACUGGUUAUUAUUAUUAUUAUUAUUAGAAAUGCAAUCUGACAUUUCAGCGACAACUCUGUGAAUUCUGUUUACAAGGUUUUAUGAUAAUGUUUUACAUGAAGGUUCCCUUAACUGGCAUAAUUUAACACAUGAACAAAUGCAGCAUUAACACAGCAUCAGUAAGAUUAACAAAGUAGCUAACACUUGUAUUAAUUGAUCAACAAAAUAAGCCAAAUAUUCACCUGCAUUAAAUAGUGUUCAUGAAAGGAAGCCCACAGUGAAUAACACCUUACUGAACACAUCAGUGUCUGAAAAGCAAGCUCCUUACGCUAACAAUAGGACACCGGGAACAUGCUGUAAUUUAAAUCUUUUUAAUCAGUGCAGGUGUAUUUCAUUAACGAUUUAGACGAAUGUCGUUGUAGUCGAGUAACAUUACUUACAGUUUAUUAAUGCUGACGUUUAAGACUCGUUAAUGUUUACUAACGGAACCCUAAUGUUAAGGAUCAUCAGGUUUUGGUUUGUUCAUGUUUUUUUUUUUUCCUAAAUGUACAGCGUAUUUUAGCAUAUGAGCUGUCUGUCAUAAUCAUCAUUUGGUUCCCAGGUCUGAGGGAUGCAGUGAUCCAAAGAUUCGUUUCCAUCCAUCUUUCAGGAGCAGCUGCAAAUCUAUCGAUCUGUGAUUAGUAAAAGUGUUGAGGAACAUUAUGGGAUCUGUUUUGGAUUGGGGAACCUGAGUUUGAUUUUCCUGUACUUUUGUGUUUUGCAUUUUAACAUUCUUGCCAAUCCCGUUCCACUGAGUGACAAUUCAUGCCAAGAGUGUCCCUGAACCCUCUUCACCCUCACACAAGCCAUUGGCACUUUGCCGUUGAUGCCACUCAAAUGAGUUGCUGGUUCAUGACUUUCACAUUAGUGUUGCGUUGUUAGUUAUUAAUGUUAAAGUGCCUUAUAGUGAAACACCAGAGGCAUGGUUCAGUCUAUAUCUUCCCUUCUGUUAUGUUGCCAACAUUUUUAUUAUAAAUCUGUUCUCUUACAUUUUUGAGUUUUUAUACCAUUUAGGCUUGAUUAUCUGACUUAAAAAAAAAUAAUAAAAAAUUCUGGAAGAGAAAAAAUGAAUGGCAAAACUAGAAAAAAGAAGUAGAGUUGCCAAGUUCUCCUCACUCCAAACAGAGAACAUUUUCAGCACAUAUUUUGGUUCAGCCAUAACCAAAGUUAAAUGAAAUGUUCAAUGCCAGUCAGUCAGUCAGUCAGUCAGUAUAGACUUUGUUCCAUGAGGAAGCUGGUUUAGCAUGCUCAGCUGAUGCCACUUUUACAGCACCUUUGGGAAGAGUGGUUUGAGUGAAAGAGAGAGAUUUCAUCAAUACAUGAAUUCAUACGUAAAGUUGUGAUGUAUCUGGGCCACCACUAAAGCAGCCAUAUCGUCGCUAAGGCCCUUCGAGCAAAUAGGAAGAGGUUGUGAUGUGUACGCAAUUCUCUUAUUCACUACUGUUGCCAUUAGUUUUGUUUUAUAUUUAAGUAUGCAGUAAUUUUGUCUUUUGUACCGCAAGAUUUGCUGUAGUUCUGACGCAUAUUGCACUUUGUACAUUUUGUGGAAAUGAUGUACUGUGUGUAUAUUAUGGAAAUAAACUUUUUUUUCCCCAUUCA